GGCACCCUAGCCGGGACAGCCCAGUCUCCGAGUGCUCGCGGACUCCGAGCGGAGCAGGAGCGAGGUGGGGUACCCCCCGAGGUUUCCGAGUCCCCUCGCGCCGGGUGCGUCUGGCAGCCCCUGUGGCGGCGGGUGGAGGCGAGAAAGAAGGUGCGAAAGCGCCCCGGGCGCCGCCGGCUGGUACGGAGGCAGAGAAGGCCCCUCCCCGGGAAGAUGGCCUACUACAGAAAAUGCCUGGGGGUUGUGAUUGAGCAGCUGGGCCGGUUUAAGCCCGAGAAGGACAGUCCGGAGCAGUUCCUGGAGACCGUACGUGCGUCCCUGCAGACUCUGAGCCCCCAGAGACAGGCGUUCAUUCUGGAGGUGCUGUCCGGCUGCAUCGAGUACCGGAAGCUGCUGGCCGUCGUGGUGGACGCCUUCUACGUGCGGGACGGCCGGCUCUGCCUGCGGGCCGACUACCGCCUCUUCCAGGUGAUCUGCUACCUGGCCACCUUCCAGCUGGAGGAGCUGGGCUUCCAGCUCUUCAGCGACAUUGUCAAGUCCCAGCCCGCGGACAAGAUGCGCAAGUUCCUCGGGUUCUUCUUCAACCCCUUGAACCUGUGCUCGUGGAUCAGGGACGAGUGGAGCCUCGUCUAUGAGACGGCCCACGUGACGGCCUGGACGGAUCCCCUGCUGAGGUGGCAGCCGGAGGUCCAGGAGCUGAUCAGCCAGCUGGAGGGCCGGUCAACCAGCCGGCCCCCUCCUUCAAAGACCAAGGUCACGGAGCCCAAGAGCUUCAACCUGACUGUCCCCAGGCCCCGUGCCAUUCCAGUGCCUGAGCCUGUCCCUGUCAUGGCCAAGGCAACACCGGCCCCCCAGAGCACCUACCAGCCACCCAAGGAGCCGAAGGUGCUGGAGAUGACCAAGAGAUACAACCGCCGGAGGGCGGAGGAGCUGCUGCUGCUGGCGAACCUGGAGGAGAUGCGGUGUGCAGCGCCCAGGGCCCGCAGGGAGGCCCCCGCCCAGGGCUCCAGGAAGCUGCGACUCCGGUUCCUGCCCCGGAUCCAUAAGACACCGAAACUGACCUUCUACAGGCCGAACGAGGUCCCGGUCAAGCUGAACACGGCCACCAUCCUGCGGGAAGGGGCCUUAUACCAGCGGCAGGUGGAGAAGGAGCUGCAGAGAGUGGACAAGCUUGUGGACGGGGCCGGGGACUUCUCGGAGUUCCUGGAGUGGCAGAGGAAGAUGCAGGCCAAGGACCGGGAGGAGCAGCGGGCCGCGGACGAGUGCCGGCGGCUGCAGGGGAAGCUCAGCCACGAGGAGGCGGCGCUGGCCCGGCAGCAGCUCCUGCAGGAGAACCGGCACCGGGCCACCCAGAGGAGAGAGGAGAUGGCUGAGCUCAUGCGGCAGCGUGCCCAGAGGCGCCUCCAGGAGGAGAAGUCCCUGAAGGAGCUGGUGGAGCAGGUGGCCGAGGGGCAGAAGAACGUCCAGGUGGCGCAGAUGAAGCUCCUGAAGGGCCGGCGGCAGGCAGUCCAGGAGAUGGCCGAGGAGAACCGAGUGCUGCUGCAGCGCCGCGCGGAGGAGGCCAAGGAGGAGCAGCGGCGGCGCUGCGAGCUCAUCAAUCAGCUCCGGGCCCUGGAGUCGCAGCCCACACGCCAGGGCAAGCUUGUGGACCUGACCCAGACCCCCGGGCACGGCCUGGAAGGGGAGAUGUCCAUCGUGGAGCUGCGCGAGCGGCUGGCCCUGCUCAAGGAGGCCCAGCAGCGGGAGGAGGAGGAGCGGCGGGACCAGAUCAUCCAGGGCAAGCGCGCCAAGAGCCAGGAGCUGCAGAACGCGCUGGAGCAGAUCUCGCUGUGCCGCGCCGCCAUGGGGCGGUCUGCGGCCUUGAGGUGGGAGGAGAAAAAAGCAGCGGCCCCGCCGGCGCCCUCGCAGGACGAGCGCGUGCAGGAGCUGCAGCGCAGGAUCGAAGAGAGGGCGGCUGAGCGGCGCAGUCGGGCGGCCAAGCAGUACGUGCCGGCGUCAAGGGCCGAGCGCUUCAAGCCGCAGGAGCUACAGGCGCAGCACUGGCUGAAGCUGGAGCAGAGCCGCGAGCGCAGGCUGCGUGCGAGGCAGCGGAGAGGCUCGGCCUGCGGGCCGGCGCGCCGCCUGCAGGCCGCCUGAGCUGGGCGGGCACAUCCCUGGGCUCCGAGGCCCCGGCCGAAUAAAGAGAGCAGCCUGCCUCCUGCGGUCCUUGGCCGUCCCCCCUCCAGUCCCUCCGCCCGCGCCCCCGGCCCCACCUGCCCAGAGCAGCAUUGUCAGAUAAAAUGCAGGACGCCAGAUUGAGACAAUUUUAUGCCAAGAGAGUAUCCGCUCUUUAUUUGGAAUCCCAACGGACCUGGCCCCGGGGAUUUUAUGUGCUACACAUGGCCCCCUAGCCCUUCCCCACGCCCAGCAUUGGCUCCCCUCUUCUGAGGUCCCAGAGCCUCUUCUGUGUGUGGAAACCUGGAGCCCCCACUCCCCAUCUGGAGUCCCCUGGUUUAACCUGGGGGCCCCCAAGACUGGGGGUGUGUGUGUGUGUGUGUGUGUUGUGUGUGUUUGGUCGGAGAAGUGGCCAGGAUCCUUGCGCCACUAGGAACCGGCCCUCCUCAUGCUGCAUCUCAUGAAAACCUAACAGCGAUGAUUGCGGGGGCGGGGGGCAGUGAGGAUGGCAAAGGAACUGGCCCUCCUCAUGCUGCAUCUCAUGAAAACCUAACAGCGAUGACUGCGGGGGCGGGGGGCAGUGAGGAUGGCAAAGGAACUGGCCCUGCCCCCAUUCUGCUGGUGGUCAGAGGUGGGGUAACAUGGCCCCAGAGCCAGAACCCAAAGCUGAGCCUGGGGACCUUAGAGCAUUGCCCAGCCUCCUCCAGUCGCCAAGAGCACAAGGUUGGGCCACUAGGCACGAGCCUGCCCAGGGCCGGACAGGGAUGAGUUUGCUCUCCUGGGCCUUGGGGCCCAGCACCAGGCUGCAGAGGGUGUGGCCUCGGGGACGGGCUGGCUGCGCUGCCACUCCCAGGAAGAAGGGGGACAGUCAAGGAAGGGCUGGAAACUGCCAGGUUGGGUAGAUGUCCAGGAGGAAGGUCCCCUCCCCCAACCCUCCUGGGUCUUCAGAGAAGAUGGCAUCUCGGAGGCGGGGCUCCAGGGCACGCUCUGGUCAGGAAGGUAGGUAUCUCGGAGUGACAAGAACAGAAAGAUCGGAGUUCUCCCCCAAUAUUCUGAAUGGCAUUAGAACCCCAGGAUUUCCCCGCAACCCAGGCUGGUGAAAAGAGGAAUUUCCCACCCCCUGUCAAAUCAGAGCUGGGAGCAAAUUAAACAUCGUUCAGAAAAACAAAUGUGACAUUUCUGAUA